UCGAAGAAGACUGGCAAGUGGACUGUCAGUGGUUAAUUUUUGGUCAUCGCUGUAUUCUUACACUAAGCUCGGCACUGCUUUUGUUUAGGCCACAAUCCACAACUGAUAUGAAUCCCUUUGUCCUGUGCCACAGGGUCUCACUUCUUCCUUCCCCUACUUAUGCCUGCUCUCAAAGUCACCAUCGCGCCUUCCCCCACAGCCGGCCAGCGCACUCCAUCUUUCUCUCAGCCUUAUCCAUUGCAGUCUUCACGCAUGUCUCUUCGUCGCACUGCUUCUUUUCUCUCUUUGUCAGACUAUGAAGGUGACGAGGAUACCUCGUUACAGUCUGGCCCCUCUUCAUUUUACGCAAAGGCCCAACUUCCACUCGUUCCCUACAAUCGUACUCUGCAUCACUACAAGGAGCAGCGCGAACGACGUAAAGCUGCCCUCAGCCGCAGUCGUCCCGAAUUUACCAUCGCUCCACCCUCUACCAAGCAACCCGGUAAAGCAGCCCCUCACCCGCCACACAAACAAAUGACAGGGCUGCGGACCUCUUCCCCGUUAUCGCCCACUCAGAAACUCCUUCCACCCCGCGCUUCUUUUCCUCGUUCGAAGCCGGAGCCGGACUUGUACCGUAUCGCAAUUAAAGCCCGUAUGCGGUGCUCCCCUGAAGGCGCGAAGAUUCUUCGCAUGGGUCCUCGCAUGGCUGUGUCUAUAUUAGCCGCUACUCGGGACCUUGAGAUGCUUGUGUCAACACAUGAGGUGCGUGAUGCAACCCUGAUGCUACUAUGCGACAUCCGCAUCAUGCUCUCACAAAUGAUCUGACGAUCCGGGAUGACCUGAAACGAUUCAGAUCUGUACGGGAGCAAUCACAUUGAAUUUACCGGAUUUUCAGAAGGGAAUGUCUUCAUUCAUUUAUUACAUCUUCCUUCUUCCUCCACUUCGUCUGUCUAUUAUGCCGGAAGAUUAUUGGCCAUUUAGGAUUAUUUGUUGUACCAAUACUUAGUUAUUUUCACGUGCUUCCUUCGAUCAACAUACCCCACACGACCAUGCAUUUGUACCGUAUCACUCAUCAAUUAUUUAC